UUUUUUUUUUUGCUAGAACUACUUGGGAGAAGAGGGUAGUCACUCAACGCAAAUGCCGGAUGAGAGAUCAGCAAAGUCAAAGAUGGCCAAGUUGCUGGAGUUGGUGGACGCGUCUUCCAAUAAUGACCAAACACAUAAACACAACUGCAACUUCAGAGGAAAACGCCAUAUCGCCCUGGCGACUAGACGCGAAUCGUCUGUCUCAACUUCCUAAUUCUCAAACAUCAACUUCGAAAUGGCUCUGUGGGACGACGAGUCGCACGGCCUGAUUGCGCACAAGGUCUGCUGGUGUCUCGUCUCGCUCACCACGGUCGUGAUUGCACUACGAUUCUAUGCUCGACUCACAGCUCAACCAGGGAAUCCAUUUGGAGCACUUGGACUUGACGAUGCUUUCGCCGGCUUGAGUUGGGCUGUCCUCCUCCUCACGCAGAUCUUCAUACAGGUUGCUGCAGAUCAUGGAAACGGUAGGCACUAUGAUGGUCUGAGUCGUCCCCAACAGAUUGAGGUGAUGAAGUGGAAUACCAUCAUCGAGGCUGUCAUCAUUUGGGCAUUUUCGCUACCCAAGCUUGCUAUCGUAGCGCUUCUUCGCCGAAUCUUGAUGUUUGGUCUUCGUACUUCCGUUGUCCUCUGGGGGCUCGCAUUCGUCGGCCAGGUGUUGAUCUUCUCCACAUCUGUUUUUAUCUUCAUCCAGUGCAACCCAGCGGAGAAGAACUGGAAUAAGGAUGUUGACGGCAUCUGUCUGCCCGACAGCACUAUUAUCGCCAUCGAAUAUUUUGUCUCGUCCUAUUCGGCGUUCCUCGACAUGUUCUUCGCUCUCUUUCCCGUGCCUUUCGUCAUGCGUCUCAACAUGCCGCUGAAAACACGUAUCGCCGUCAGCACAGCUCUCAGCAUCGGUGUGCUCGCUGGUAUCGUGCAAGCCUACAAGCUGUCCAUUUUGGGCACAUCAUUCAAGUAUACAACCUUAGAUCCGACCUAUCCCCUGCCUUUCCUCAACUUAUUCUGCCUCCUCGAGGCCUGCCUUCUGCUCAUCACCUGUUCGCUGCCCGCACUUGGGUCUCUGGUUCGCAAAGCCAAGGAUUACAUCCACCGCGUCAACGAAAUCAGCCGCAGUAACAUCAGCACACGCAGCCCAACUCCUCGCGUCCCGAACAAAACAUUCGAGCUGAACGGGGCCUCCGGAGCCGAAUUUAUGAUCACCGUCGACCGCGAGGUGCACCAUCCUUCCUCGCAAGCCAGAGAUUCAGAUCAGUCAGAGCAAGCCACACUCACGGAUGACCAGGGGGCUUCUAGUAUGGGCCGCUACAGCACCUUGCUUGAUGUCUUGUUACACUCCAGCCCUGUUGCGGCUUCGAGUCCUCGGGGGUCCCGUACAGAGAGCCCGUUGCGUCCUGUCAGCAGACAGUGAGUGUGCAUACAUUUCUUACAUCACCCUUUCUGCUAUGGCCCGCGGACGUGAAUUUCCACGGCAUGAUAUUCUGGCCAUCGGGUAGGUCGGCGUAACGCAGAAGAUGCAGGAUGGUUGGCAAGGCUGUGGGCUGUGGAAGAUAGUGACAAUAGCGUACAGAGGAUUAUAUAAAUAUACGGAAUAUGCUUAUA